AUGACCGAGGACAUAAACUGUCAAAAUGGGGUGAUUAUUCGGAACCCAAUCGCAGCUGUUAAUCUGCAGAGCGAGCACACGCGCGUUUUUUUCUACUCGGUGCACCUCUGCGCGGGAGUGUUGCAGAUAAACGCGUUUUACGCUACGGUUGGAGGCGAAUCGGUCAUCUUCGUGUUUGUCCUCUUGAUGGUCAUAUUCUCCGGUUUGUCCGCCAUCGCAUCUCUCGUCCUGAUUAUUGGUCUUUGUACAGAUAAUCGGAUUUUGCUCCUUCCGUGGAUAGUCUGUGUGUCGAUCACAACCAUUCUGGACGUCGCACUGUCGUUCUACUUUCUCGCAGACGCGCUGAGUGACCUGGUGACCAUUAUCUUCUGCGUCGUGGAUUACACCAUCUGUGCAUUAAACAUCUACUGUUUGGUGUGCGUCGUCUCCCAAUACCAAGAGUACCUAGCAGGAAGAGGGCGCUCCGACACUGUGGCGGCUGUACAGGACCGGGCUGCCGUUCGCUACCGGCAGGGCAACAAGGGACGCGCCGGCGAGUCCCGCCACAACGGCCCGACCUCCUCGCUGCUGCUCACGGUCCCGACGGUGUCGGGCUCGACGGGAGGACCCCGACUGUCGACGGACAUGAGCUCCAUUUCGGAGGACGUCUUCAGCUCCCGCAGGAUGAGCACGGAGAACACCAGCGCCGACAUGGAACGGUGUCCUACAGCCACCCUCAUCAAGAUCACAACUCCACCCUGAAUGGCAAGCAGCCCCAUGUUGCCCGACCCUGCGAACCAUAUGCGCACCCCGACAAGCUGUCGAUGCUACCAUACUGGGCAAUCGCCAGCAGCAAGUCAUCCGCUGUCCCGACGA